CCCGUCCGGAGGGCGAGUCCCAGCCCAGAGGGCAGCAGCGGGAGAGGCCGGCGGGUCAUGCCCUGCUCACUCCGCGCCAUUCUCCUCCGGGACCUGAUCCUGGGCGUGUUGGGCAUCUCUGCCUUCCUCAUCCACUUGGGCUCCGACCUGUGGGCGGUGAGCCAGUAUGUGCUCAGCGGCCGCUACCUGUGGGCCGCACUGGUGUUGUCGCUGCUGGGUGUCGCCUCGGUCGCACUGCAGGUCUUCAGCUGGGUCUGGCUGCGCGCCGACCCCGCCGACCUGCACUCGUCUCAGCUCUCCGCGCGCUGCCUGGCGCUGCUCCACCUCCUGCAGCUGGGCUACCUGUACAGGUGCAUGCAAGGGCUGCAGCAGGGGCUGUUGGUGUGGCAGCAGGAGGUGCCCUCCCCGUUCGACUUGGCCUACGCGGACUUCCUCUCCCUGGACAUCAGCAUGCUGCGGCUCUUCGAGACCUUCCUGGAGAAGACGCCGCAGCUCACGCUGGUGCUGGCCAUCGUGCUGCAGAGCGGCCAGGCCGAGUACUACCAGUGGUUUGGCAUCUGCACGUCCUUCAUGGGUAUCUCAUGGGCACUGCUUGACUACCACCGGGCCUUGCGCACCUGCCUCCCCUCCAAGCCUGUCCUGGGGCUGGGCUCUUCCGUGAUCUACUUCCUGUGGAACCUGCUGCUGCUGUGGCCCCGAGUCCUGGCCGUGGCCCUGUUCUCAGCUCUCUUCCCCCGCUACGUGGCUCUGCACUUCCUGGGCCUGUGGCUGGUGCUGCUGUUCUGGGUCUGGUGUCAGGGCACCAAUUUUAUGCCAGACCCCCGCUCCGAGUGGCUCUACCGGGCAACGGUGGCCACCAUCCUUUACUUCUCCUGGUUCAAUGUGGCUGAGGGCCACACUCGAGGCCGUGCCACCAUCCACCUGGUGUUCCUCCUGAGUGACAGCGUUCUCAUGGUGGUCACCUGGGUGACGCAAAGUGCAUGGCUGCCCAGUGGGAUCCCGCUGCAGAUGUUGCUGCCGGUGGGCGGCACCAGCUUCCUUCUGGGUCUGGGUCUGCGGCUUGUCUACUACCGCUGGCUGCACCCCAGCUACCCCUGGGAGCCUGACCAGGUGGACGGGACAACCGCCUUCCGCUCCCUCGAGCACUAUCAGCUGCCUCAGAACAGGCGCAUGGACCAUUUGGCUCAGAAUUUUUUCUCCAAGGCUAGGGAUGAGGCUGCUCUGCCAUGGCCGGGGGAGGUCAAUGGCGUCCUUUGAGUCAGGGUCGGACCCAGCCAGGGGACAGAAGGACACAUGCCAUCAAUCGUUAGAAUGCAGGAGAAGAUAAGCUAAUUGUGCUGCUAUGGGUCUGGACUCACUCAACAAGCACUUGCUGCCUGAUCUUGCCAGGCACUGGAGACUAGAGUUGAAUAAGACAGAGGCCUGCCUUCAAGGAUCAGAAGAAGAUGAGGACUGCACCCUAGAGGGUUAAGAGCUUCAAUUAUAUACAAAACACUUGGAGAGGACAGAAAAGAUCCCCUUUUCUUUUCCUUCCAACCAGUAUAUCUGGAGCCCAAAGCAUCCCCUAUCCUGGAAGCCAUGGAUGCCCCAAUUGGCUGACCUCCAUCAACCCGUCCAAGGCCUUAGUGCAGCUGGCCCAGCCUCUGCCCCUGCUCUCAAGGGGCUGCCUUUUAACCAGCUGCCUUGUUAACCUGUGGUCUGGGCCAUGGCUCAGCCCAUGGAGUAUAUGUUUUAUACGUUAGACCAGUGGUUCUCAACCUUCUGGCCCUUCUAGCCCUUCCUCAUGUUGUGACCCAACCAUAAAAUUAUUUUCGUUACUACUUCAUAACUGUAAUGUUGUUACUGUUAUGGAUCGUAAUGUAAAUAUCUGAUAUGCGGGAUGGUCUUAGGCGACCCUUGUGAAAGGGUCGUUCGACCACCAAAGGGGUCCUGACCCACAGGUUGAGAACCGCUGCGUUAGACAGUAUAUUUUCUACCUCGGAACCUAUUGUGAGGAAGAGAAGGUGUAUGCAUAUGUGUCUCUGCAGGUGAGAGACACUGUGUGUUGUUUUGUUGAACAGUAUUAUUAGGUUGUUAUUAAAACCUUAUAAAAUCCUCCAAA